GAACGAUGACCGAUGCCAGUGCAAAUAGUCUGGAUGUCUCCGUGGACGUCGUGUGGCCCACCAUCAUCGUCCUGGCCAUGCUGGUGAUAAACGGCUUCGUCUUCGCCUACAUCAUGCGAAAGCGGCGGGAGUACAAGAGCCAGGAGGAGCAACAACCUGUUCCACAGGCCACCUACUCGGCCACCAGCGAAGUGGCCACCGCACCCACGGAUCAGGAGGAGGAUGAUAGCUGUGCCAUCGAGAUGGAGCGCCUGUAGGAUCUAAAAUCGUAUUAGCUAUCAGCCUGUAUAGCUCGCAGAUACUCACUGUACCCCCUAUAACGUCCAAGCUCUCAACUGCAACGAAGUUUCCUAAGCUAAAAGAUAUAUCUAGAGGUCUAGAAAUAGAACCUAGAGAUAUUCCAAGAUAUACAGUACGUAUACGUCGAGUGCCUGGAUCGCACGUGCAUUUAAUUACGGUUUUUAAGUUGUUAAAAAAGUAUACAAAUAAAAGAUGUGUGAAUAUUUUAUCAUGCCAUAUCGAGGA